AUGACGAAAGUGUCGAUUCAAAACGCCGGCAUGAAGAUGUUUGGAAGAACCGAAGCCAAGGUUUUUUUUUCAUUCUUUCUGAAUCAUGAGACGGCGGCGUUAGCUGUUUGAAAUAGAAGAUAGUAGCUGUUCAGGGCAAAAGUUUGCAGAUGUAGGAACUUUGGAAUUCCGAGAAAUUUUCCAUUUUUCAAAGAUAGCUUUCUUACCCAGUCAUUUUCGACCUCAAAAAGAUAUAACUUUGUUCGUUUUGUGUAUUACUCGAUGAAAGUUGUAUUUUUAACUUCAUUGAAAAAUUUUGAACAAGAAACUGCUUAAACCUCGGAAAAAGGCAAAAUAAAGGUUUUCAAGUUUUCGAGACUUUUUGAACCGGCUCAACUAGUGGUCUGAAAAAUUAUGUGAUCCCGAUUUUUCGGAUUUUUAAGUGAAAAGUGAAUUCUAAUAGGUAUUCGUAUAAGUGUGAGAUUCUGGAUCAGAAAAUGCUUCCAAAACUUUUUUUAAAUUAUUGAUUCCAAUUCUGGUCUUCGAAUUUGAUGAAAAUUCGUAUUUAAGAAAGCGAAAUUUUUGGGUUCAGCAAGAGGAAUGCCACACCAAUGUACAAACUAUACAGAAUGAAUGGACAAAUGAGGUUUUAUAGCUGCAUUUGAAGGCAAAAGUCGCACUUUUCUACGAUGAAAUUUGAAUCAUCGUAUCCAAAAGUUCCUCUGUACGGAUUCACAUCGAAAUAUGAUACCGCUACCUUUUGAACUUCCCGUGAAGUGUUGAAUUGAAAAACACUUUCAAUUCCAGGUUGAAGCUACACGAUUCCGGCUCUCACAAGAAGGUGUUCGGUAUCUUUUUCCGUUUAUGAGCAAGAAAAAGGUUUCUCUCUCAUUUCUGCUGUUCUUCUUUAUCACUUUCAUUUUAUAGAUAAUGAUUUCAAAGGACGAUAUGCUGCAUAUGUUGAAGUGUGAACAGCCGCUCGUCCAGUUGGAAGAUUUGGCCUGUAAAGAGGAAAUCCGCAAGAACAGCAGCGGGAGCCUGGUGGUGUACUGUAACGAAGAGGAUCCUGUGUGCUGCUGGGUGAAUAAAAUUAUGUUUUUUCAGAAACUCAAUCCUGGAAAAAAACUUGGCCCGCUCAAAAAAAAAAAUUAAUUUCUUGGAUUUUUAAAUUUUACGAACAAGUUUUUGGUCUAGAUGACAGAUUUGGCCGAAACUGAUGAGAAAAAAAAAUUUCAGGACGAGCAAGAAAUCAAAGAAAUUCUUAUUUUCUUAAUAUAAAUUGCGCAAUCGUAUAAUCUUUGAGUUUUUUUUGCUUUCAAGCUUUCACGGGAUUUAAUCAAAUUUCCCCACUCUAUAGGUUCGACAAAACCCCGAAAAUCCGCUUAAGAGCCAGAAGGUCGUGUCAAUGUGUGCUCUAUGGACAAGACUGAUUCCUCAAUUUCUAUGGAACUUUUCGCUUUCCAGGGCUCUCAAAAGUAUUUCUUCGCUUCUUUCUGGAAACAAGACCUCUUUGGCGAAGAGAACUUUGAACAUAGUUUUUUUUCAAAAAUAUUUUUCCUUUUUUCAGGUGGGCUAUCACACGAUUGCGCCGUACGUGAGCAAAGAGGAACGUCUGCACCAUCUGAGGAUGUUGGGAGUGGAUUGCUCCGAAAUUGAGCAGCUUAUGAAGAGUAAACGCAAGGAAAAAGGUCCGUUUUUUUGAAUCAUUUGUGGUUUUGUUUCAAUUUUGUCAUAAACACCUGCCAACAAAAAUUCUGCAAGGAAAAAAAUAAUUUUUUUACAUUUUGAACUUGAUUGGAAGUUUCCAAAGAUGAUUUUUCAACGGAAGUCCUUUUUCGCGAUUGAUUCCACUUUCUCCAUGCGUCAUUUUAGUAACUAGAUGAUCAGACGAACAUUUAAAAAAAUAAAGAAAAAAAUCGCUGCAAAUUUAUUUUUUUGUAGGCUAUAGUCUGUUCAGAUUUUGAAUGUCAAACAGCUAAAUCCACCCCCAAGGCUACAAUAUCUUUCGCGUCAAUGUUUUAUCUACAUAUGCCAUGGCCCUUUAAUAAGGCUGCUUUUUUGACCUCUUUUUCUAUCUUUUAGAUCGAAAAAGAUCAAAAUUAUUCCCGCGCGAUGGAACAUCGACGCGAAAAGGUACCGUCUCAGCAGAGGCGGAGUUAGCUGGUUGACAUUCAAAAUCUGAACAGACUAUACGCAAGUCGGGAAAUAUUUGAUCUGUUACAAAACCACCCUUUUGAUCUUCUUGAAAGUAUAGUCUGUUCAGAUUUUGAAUGUCGAGCAGCUAAAUCCACCCCCAAAGCUACAAUAUCUUUCGCGUCAAUGUUUGAUCUACAGAUGACGAUGGCCCUUUAAUAAGGCUGCAUUUUUGACUUCUUUUUCUAUCUUUUAGAUCAAAAAAGAUCAAAAUUAGUCCCGCGCGUUAAAACAUCGACCCGAAAGGGUACCGUCUCAGCAGGGGCGGAGUUAGCUGCUUGACAUUUAGAAUCUGAAUAGACUAUAUAAGGCCAAAAAAAUAUAAUUUUUUUCUUUUUUUACUGUUUUUUUGAAAGAAAUUUUCAAAUUAUACCACUCGUAGUUAUUUUUACAGUAUUUCAGAGUAUUAAAAACUUCGGUAUUUUUUUUCAUAGCACUGAAACUUUCCGUUCUCAACGGCUUCUGAAUUUAUCAAUACUUUCUUCUUCUUUUUCUCGUUAAUUAUUUUAAGUUUACAUUAUUAAAAUUUUUUUAACAGGCCGCUCAAGACCGUGACGCAGCUUGGGCCGCCAAAGAACCGAAAAAAGAGACGGCUCCAGAUGGACUUCCCGACGUCAAGAUGGAAAGUGCAGGAGAAGAAGAAGAAGACGUGAAAGAAGAAAUUGGAAUCUAA